GCUCUGACAAGAGCAACAACGGUCACCGCUAUGACUCCAUUCCCUUUGCCAACGGCAUGAUUUCUGCCGGCAUGAGCUGCCAAUUGGUCCACUACACACAUGAAGAGCACGACAAGUUCUUCGAAGUGUGCAAGAACUUCAACUUCAUCAUCGUCCGUUGCAAUCCAGGCCAGAUCAAGGCCGACGGCGGAGAUCAACAGAAGUUCGACGACGGCAUGCGUGAGAUGCGCAAGGCGGGCAUCCAGGUCUGGCCCUCCCCAGACGUGAUGGAGAAGAUGGGUGCCAAG